AUGGUCAAAACGUCAUGGACAUGUAAAUCAAAGUGUUUGAAGAAAACUCACCAGCAGCGGCCUUGGCCCGUCAGAACCAUUCUGACCCGCAGCCAGCGCACCUCAGUCCUGGGCUUCUUCAGCAGGCUCCCCGCUGAGGUGUUCCACAUGAUCCUGGAUCAACUGUCUGUGUUGGACAUCAGCGUGUUCUGCAUGGUAUCAAAGGAAAUCACCAGACAUGUCAUGGACUACAUCUCCUCCCUGUCUUGGAAGAACAAAACCAUCAUCCAAAGCUUUCACUUCCCCGUACAUCUUGAACAAAGUUCCACUGCUGAGCACUACAGACACCUGGGUUUGUUGUUCAAGAGGUGUACACUGUUGCUACCCACAAAAGAAAGGCUAAAGUUCAGUUUUAGCAAGUUUUCAGAGAUUCCCUGCUUCAUGAUGGAGGAAUGCUCUGUCUCAAGCUGCGUCGGUUUCUCCAGGCUUGGUGUCUUCCUUGAGACUCUGAUCGCAGGCUGGGAUGAGCUGGAGUGUCAGAGAGUGUUCAACUUUUUGUGCGAGCUCACAAACCUGAUGCAGAAGGCCGAGGCAGUACUGAAAACAAUACCAGGGGUGAGAGUGUAUCAGGAGCUGCAGCUUCGUCUCUUCUGCCGUCAUGUUCUGUUGGACCCGUGGCGGAACCAGCCGGAUUGUCAGUUCUGGCUCGUUCAUCUCUUAAAGCCCUGGCCCAUCGUCAGUCAAGCUCAGCUUCUGCUGGUCCUUUAUGGACCUCUGCUGCCUGACGGUUUCAUCGGCUGGCAGAAUCUGGUUGAGUCGGUUCUACCACAUGCGACUUUGUGGAACUUGGCCAAAGGAAUCCUCACGCUUUUCGGCAAACUAGAAGUCAAAGGCUGGACUGCAGAGUCGUUGCUGUCAAUCUUAGAGGAGAUAACAGGAGACCACUUUGAAGAYGGGCAGUUUUUACAGACACUGUCCGUCCUCCUGGAAUCCAACGUUCGCUUCCACACCAUUUUCCUCCACAUGCUCCUCAAAUAGGAACUACGCUGAUCGAAAGCAGCAAAACCUGGAGUUGAGUAACUGGUGUCAACACUGAAGGUGUUGGAUGUGAGUUUAAAGCAGUUUAAGAACAAAAAGAAGACAUGUUUUAACAUUCAUCUUUAAAAAGUGAGACCUUUUGAAAACAGAUAUUUAAGUGUUUUAAACWGUAUUGUUAUUUAUAAAUCACUUUGUGUUAGCAUUUUACUGUCUGGUUCCUCGUGUUAACUUUUAUAAACCAUAUUUAAUAUUUAUUUUUAUUUAUUGUGUAAAACUUUUUGAUGAUAUAUUUAUUUUGUUUAUGUAAGCACUCCUGUUAAAGCUUUUGGAUAUUUGAAUAAAC